AUGGGUGGUACAGAUAAGGAGGGUCCUAUUUCCGACUUCACUUGGUCUCCUAGCUCCCAGGAAUUCGUUGUCGUUUAUGGAUACAUGCCGGCGAAAACCACGUUCUUUGAUGCGAAGGCAAAUCCAGUUACCAGCCUCCCUCUCGCUCCUCGAAACACCGUGCUGUUUAACCCACACGGCCGACUGAUACUUGUCGCUGGAUUCGGUAACUUGCAGGGGCAGAUGGAUAUAUACGACCGGAUCAAUGGUAUGCGCAAAGUUGCUUCAUUUGAGGCUAGCAAUGCUACCGUCUGUCGUUGGAGUCCUGAUGGCAAGCAUAUUUUGACGGCCACUACGAGUCCACGGUUGAGAGUCGACAAUGGUGUGAAAGUCUGGUAUGCAACGUCGGGCGAUCUAAUGUACACCGCGGAAAUGACAGAACUCUACGAUGUUCGGUGGAGACCGCAAGAUACAAGCAAAUUCCCAAUUGGUGCUACUUUACCACCCCCACCUGCUCCGCACAGUUCAGCUGUCGGUCACAAAUCUGCCACUCCAGCGAAACCAGCAGGUGCAUACCGCCCGCCACACGCACGUGGAUCAGCAACCCCGCUUCAUUUUAAGCGUGAGGACGAGGGCGGGGCCGCUCAUGUCGCUGGAAGCAGCGUUUUGUUUGGCAACGGAGCCUCCGAAGGCACCAACGGCUUCGGAAAACCUCGUAAACGCGAGGUGCCUGGUGCUACACCUGCGGCAGCUUCAGGUGCAGCGCCUGGUGGAGGAGUCAGCUUGGAAGGGUCCGGGGUCGGCAAGGACGGUGAGGGGCUCAGCAAAAGCGCUCUUAAGAACAAAAAGAAACGUGAGGCUGCUAAGAAGGCGAAGGAAGCACAGGCUGCGGAAGCCGCUGCGAACGGAGAGAGCGGACAAGGCGAAUCUUCAACUAACGGGCAAACACUUACACCCGGAAACGCCCCUAACAAGGGUAACCGAAGGGAUCACAGUAGAACCCGUAGCCGAAGCAGAGGACCACCUCGUCAGGGGGGCCCUGGCGGGAACGGACACCACCGGGAGGGAUCGGGAUCGCUUGGCCAGGCGCUUAAGGAGCAUCAUCCCAGGCAUCGAUCUCCGGCUCCUGGUGGCCACCCUCAACGCCAACGAUCUCAACGUAAGAAGAAGGAGGAUGGCGGAAGCCAAGAAGGAGGAGGAGAGCCAACUAACUCAGCUGGCCCGGUUGCACCCGCCGGAAACGGAGGGCCACAACAUCCGCGACUCCGUCUGCCAGUUCCACCACCACCCGAGGUUGAAAUUACCAGCCCAAUGACACCAGUCACACCAGGCGGCGGAACACCCGAAGAGAAGAAACAACGAAGCUUGCUCAAGAAACUUCGAGCUAUCGAGGACCUUAAGAUGAGGUUCGCCGGCGGCGAAAAGUUGGAGGAUACCCAAAUUAAGAAGAUCAAUACUGAAGAGUCGGUUCGCAAGGAACUGCAAGGGCUUGGAUGGCAAGGAUGA